UCCGGAGCAGGAGAACAUGAGUGAGAACUUGAAGGACUGUUUGAUCCAGACCCAGGCUUCCCUAGGGGAGAUGGUGACGAUAAAAACAGAGGCCUGCUCUCCACACCGGGACCAGGAGUAUGGACAGCCUUGCUCUGGAAGGCCUGACCCACAGUCCAUGGAAAUGGAACCCAAGAAGCUGAAAGGGAAGCGGGAUGUAAUCAUGACCAAGAGUUUUCAGCAAGUGGAUUUCUGGUUCUGUGAGUCCUGCCAGGAGUACUUUGUGGAUGAGUGUCCGAACCAUGGCCCCCCGGUGUUCGUGUCUGACACCCCGGUGCCCGUUGGCAUUCCGGACCGGGCAGCGCUGACCAUCCCGCCUGGAAUGGAGGUGGUCAAAGAGCCCAGUGGGGAGAACGACGUGCGCUGUAUGAACGAGGUGAUCCCCAAAGGUCACAUCUUUGGGCCCUAUGAGGGGCAGAUCUCUAGCCAGGACAGGUCUGCAGGAUUCUUCUCAUGGCUGAUCGUUGAUAAGAAUAACCGCUACAAAUCCAUUGAUGGGACAGAUGAAACCAAAGCAAACUGGAUGAGGUACGUCAUCAUCUCCCGGGAGGAGAGGGAGCAGAACCUGAUGGCCUUUCAGCACAGCGAGAGGAUUUACUUCCGUGCCUGCCGUGACAUCCACCCUGGGGAGAAGCUGCGGGUCUGGUACAGCGAGGAUUACAUGAAGAGGUUGCAUAGUAUGUCCCAGGAAACCAUCAACAAUUUCACAAGUGGAGAUAAAAUGUUACAGAACGACAAGUCAGAAAAGAAUGUAGAAAAUCAAGAGGAUGCAAGGGGAGCACUCCAGUUCGCUACCUUAAAGCAGGGGAAGAGCCCCUACAAACGCAGCUGUGACGAGGGGGAAUCCCACCCCCAAACAAAGAAAAAAAAAAUUGACCUCAUCUUCAAAGAUGUCCUGGAGGCUUCUUUGGAGUCUGCCAAGUUUGAGGAGAACCAGUUAGCAACAAGUACACCACUUUCCCUCAGAAGAGCAUCUAAAUACCAGGCUGAAGACAUCUUUGAGCAGUGUGGCAGUGCCAUGCAGCAUGGUUCCCUAAGCCUCAGCAGAAACCAGAGUGAGAGGGAAUGGAGGGUCCCUCACAGCUCCUCUUUCAUUUCAGCCAAGGAGAUGAGCAUCCUUGAAGAUGAGGAAGAAGAGCCCCUGUCACUUAAAGCAGACAGCCCAACCGAGCUGUCACUGGCCUCUGCACAAGGCAACUCCCAUGAAAUGCCCACCACAUCCUUCUGCCCCAACUGCAUCCGGCUGAAGAAGAAAAUCCGGGAGCUGCAGGCUGAGUUAGACAUGCUGAGAUCUGGCAAGUUACCCGAGGCACCCGUGUUACCGCCCCAGGUACCUGAGCUCCAAGAGUUCUCAGACCCCACAGCUUCAGAAAGCAUCAUCUCAGUUCCCACCAUCAUGGAGGAUGAUGACCAAGAGGUGGAUUCUGCUGAUGAAUCAGUUUCCAAUGACAUGAUUGCUGCUACAGAUGAGCCUUCCAAGAUGUCUUCUGCGACGGGCCGGAGGAUACGGCGCUUCAAGCAAGAGUGGCUUAAAAAGUUUUGGUUUCUGCGGUACUCCCCGACACUGAAUGAGAUGUGGUGCCAUGUCUGUAGGCAGUACACAGUGCAAUCUUCUCGGACUUCAGCCUUCAUCAUUGGCUCUAAGCAGUUCAAGAUACACACGAUAAAGCUGCACAGCCAGAGCAACCUCCACAAGAAGUGCCUGCAGCUUUACAAGCUCAGGAUGCACCCAGAGAAGACAGAAGAGAUGUGCCGAAAUAUGACCCUGCUCUUCAAUACAGCCUACCACCUGGCCCUGGAGGGCAGGCCCUACUACGACUUUCGGCCUCUGGCAGAACUACUGAGAAAGUGUGAACUCAAGGUGGUGGAUCAGUACAUGAACGAAGGAGACUGCCAGAUCUUGAUUCACCAUAUCGCCCGGGCUCUCCGAGAGGACCUGGUUGAGCGCAUCCGGCAGUCUCCCUUCCUCAGCAUCAUUCUGGAUGGGCAGAGCGACGACCUCCUCGCAGAUACAGUUGCGGUCUAUGUGCAGUACACGAGCAGUGAUGGGCCUCCAGCAACUGAAUUCCUGUCUCUUCAGGAACUCGGCUUCUCUACAACAGACAGUUACCUCCAAGCAUUAGACCGAGCUUUUUCCAGCCUGGGAAUACGAUUGCAGGAUGAGAAGCCAACUAUCGGCUUGGGAGUUGAUGGUGCUAACAUUACCGCCAGCCUGAGGGCCAACUUGUUCAUGACGAUCAGAAAGACCUUGCCCUGGCUUCUCUGCCUUCCCUUUAUGGUGCAUAGGCCCCACUUGGAGAUUUUGGAUGCCAUUAGUGGGAAGGAACUACCCUGUCUGGAGGAGCUAGAAAACAAUUUGAAGCAACUGCUGAGUUUCUAUCGUUAUUCUCCCCGACUCAUGUGCGAGUUGAGGCUCACUGCUGCCACUCUGUGUGAGGAGACCGAGUUCCUGGGGGACAUCCGAGCAGUGAAAUGGAUCAUUGGGGAGCAGAAUGUGCUCAAUGCUCUCAUCAAGGAUUACCUCGAGGUUGUGGCCCAUCUCAAAGAUAUCAGUGGCCAGACUCAAAGGGCAGAUGCUUCUGCCAUUGCCUUGGCCCUCCUGCAGUUCCUGAUGGACUACCAGUCAAUUAAACUCAUCUACUUCCUGCUGGAUGUGAUUGCUGUGCUCUCACGCCUUGCCUACGUCUUCCAAGGGGAGUACCUUCUUGUGUCGCAGGUGGACGAUAAAAUAGAGGAGGCCAUCCAGGAGAUCAGCCGGCUAGCAGACUCCCCUGGGGAGUACUUGCAGGAGUUUGAGGAAAACUUCCGUGAAAGCUUUAAUGGCAUUGCUGUGAAAAAUCUACGGGUGGCUGAAGCCAAAUUCCAGUCGAUCAGAGAAAAGAUCUGCCAGAAGACCCAGGUGAUCCUAGCCCAAAGGUUCGAUUCCCGCAGCCGGACAUUUGUGAAGGCCUGUCAGGUAUUUGACCUUGCAGCUUGGCCCAGAAGCACUGAUGAGCUCAUGAGCUAUGGGAAGGAGGAUAUGGUACAAAUAUUUGAACACCUGGAGACAGUCCCGUCAUUUUCCAGGGAGGUUUGCAGAGAGGGGAUGGACACCCGAGGGAGUCUGCUGAUGGAGUGGCGAGAACUCAAGGUGGAUUAUUAUACCAAAAAUGGUUUUAAAGACUUGCUCAGUCACAUUUGUAAAUACAAACAGAGAUUUCCCCUCCUAAAUAAAAUAGUUCAGAUCCUCAAAGUCCUUCCCACCUCUUCGGCCUGCUGUGAGAAGGGGCGCACCGCCCUGCAGAGAGUGCGCAAGAACAACCGCUCUCGGCUCACGCUGGAGCAGCUCAGUGACCUGUUGACGAUUGCUGUUAACGGGCCGCCCAUUGCCAACUUCGAUUGCAAACGGGCACUCGACAGCUGGUUCGAGGAGAAGUCGGGCAAUAGCUACGCGCUCUCGGCCGAAAUGCUGAGCAGGAUGUCAUCUCUUGAGCAGAAGCCGAUGUUGCAGAGCAUGGACCAUGGCUCUGAGUUUUACCCUGAUAUUUAGGAAGGAAUG